CGCAAUUAACUGAACCAAUCACAGUCCAACAGGUUGUUGAUUCGCGCCAACUUUGAUAAACAGCGGUAGAAAGAGCACAAAGAAAUCGGAGGAAAAUAAAUUUUAUUUAACACCACUUUCAGAGUAAAUACAGAUCCAAAGCAGAUUCAAAAUGUCAGCACAAGUGCAACGUAAACUGGAAUUCCAAGUUAGAAAAUCGACUAGAUCACAAACUCAGAAAUCCACAGGGACACCACAGUCCACACCCUCAAAAAAUACAAAGACAAUUUCAUGUCAGAAAAAUACUCCACGAUCAGCACGCCGCUCAGCCAGAAAUAAACAUAAAGAAAAUGAAGAUGAUCAAACACUUGCUCCAAGCAGUCUGAAGGCAUCACCACGUAAAAGAACAAGCGACAAUGAAGAAAAUGUUCCUCAAUACAACACCCCUAGUCCAAGCAAGAAGAAAAAGGGAAGUGGUCCAGUUGCACAACGCAGGGAUGAGACGCCAGUUCGUGGGAGUCUGGCAUUGAAACUUGCUGCUGCCAAAAUAACAGAUGAUGCUGUAAAGCAAGUAAAUGAAAAUGAAACCACAGAUGUCCCCACAGCAGUCAGAUGUCCAUUGUCGCCCAUUAAAGUGAAUGGACUGCAGAAGUGUACAUUAUCAUCACCAGUGAAAUCGCCAUUAAAGCUUAAUACUUUAGAGAGAACUUUGUCUCCAAUGAAGCUAAAUUUACAGCAGAGAUUUGCUCCUUCCUCACCUGUAAAGUCACCACGGAAAAUAGAAAUUCCAGACACAACUCUUUUAUCAUCUCCGGUGAAGUCGCCAUGGAAGCUAAGUGUGCUUCAGUCUUCACCUAAGAAGUCGCCACGGAAAUUAAAUUUUCUUCAGAGGACAGAUCUAUCAUCACCUGUGAAAUCUCCACGCAAGAUGAAAGUGGAAAGUCCAUCAAAAAAGUCACCAUUGAAAUCGCCCAGUUUGAAACUUGGAAAGCUUGACUGUGCUGCAUACCACAAAGCGAAGCAGAUGUUCCACACAGCCAAGCCGGAACGGCUUGUUGGGAGAGACAAGGAGAUGGCCGAGGUUCGAGCUUUCCUGAAGGGUCACAUGACAAAGAAAACUGCUGGGAGUUUGUACAUUUCUGGUGCCCCUGGCACUGGAAAAACUGCUGUACUAACAAACAUAAUUGAUGAAAUGAAGGUCCAUCAUAGCUGUAAGACGGUAUAUUUGAACUGUAUGACAUUGGACAACUCCGCUGCUGUAUAUGGGAAACUAUACACUGACAUUACAGGAAAGAAUGCACCAACGGCAAAGGAGCGACUGCGAACGGUUGAAAGGGUGCUUACAACUGAAGGACCAUCAAUAAUUAUGGUAUUGGAUGAAAUAGACCAGCUGGACAGCAAAAAUCAGGAAAUUCUUUACACAAUUUUUGAAUGGCCGUCUCUACAGAAGUCCAGGCUUAUCCUUGUUGGUAUUGCAAACGCCUUGGAUCUAACAGAUCGUGUGUUACCGAGACUACAGGCUCGUCCAGAUUGUAAACCAAAACUGCUGAACUUUGCACCGUACACCAAGGACCAGAUUGCUACCAUCAUCAAGGACAGAAUCAGAGAUCUUGAGAAUGCUGGGACAGCUGUGAUGGAUGCGACAGCUAUACAGUUCUGUGCACGCAAGAUCUCCGCUGUAGCUGGAGACAUGAGAAAGGCGUUGGAUGUUUGUCGGCGAGCUGUAGAGCUAGUAGAGACGGAUGUCAAAAGUCAACGAGUGCUGAAACCGUCUGAAUCAACUUGCAGCAGUCCGUCAAAGCGUUCCCCACAAGUACCCAAGAAGAUAAGUGUAGUACAUAUAAACAAUGUAUUAUCGGAUGUGUACGGUAGUGGGUCCGCAGCCCAGCAACAGGAGACUAUACCUCUACAACAGAAACUCAUCGCCUGCAGUCUCCUACUGAUGUUAAAACAGGGAAAAAUGAAGGAAGUUCCUGCUGGCAAAUUACAUGAGAUUUACUGUAAAGUGUGUAAGAAUCGUCAGAUGGCCGCUAUAGAUCAGUCAGAGUUUCAAGGUGUUAUCACACUGUUAGAGUCCCGAGGCAUGAUUGGUAUAAAAAAGGCAAAAGAAACAAGAAUGAACAAAGUGACCUUGAAACUUGAUGAAAGAGAGCUGGAACACACCAUGCAGGAUAAAGUUCUUGUCUCCACAAUCCUAAAGGAAGGGCUGCCAAAAUAAGACUGUUGACUGCCUGUCUUGUUUAAGGCAAGGGUCACAAGUGGAUUUUAAAUGUCUUUCAAGACUUUUAAGAUAGGAAUCGCACAAAAUUUGGAUUGGUCAGAGAUAGUUAGUUGUUAAAAUGAGGAACUGUGCUGGUUAAAGAUCAGAAGCAAAACGCAUAAUAUAGACUGAAUUGUGGAGUUAGUGAUGUAAGUGCUUAGUUAGAGAAGUUUUCCAUGUUCUUGGACUUGCUUCUUUUGAUCCAGGUUUUUUGGUUAAGUUACAGAUGUAACAUCAGGUUUACUUGAUCAAAGCCACGUUCCAAGACUGAAGGAAGCCACACAACUCGCUUGAGAAAAAAGACAACAUGUUUUUGUUGAUAAGGUGCUAGUAAUAAAGGUUGUUUGAAAUACGGAUACAAAACUGAUACCUGCUUCAUCACAGAAUAUUGUGAAUUAUUUGAUAACAUUGACUGAUAUCUGGCUUCAACAUUGAAUAUUGUGAAUGAUUUGAUAAUAUUGUUUUAUUGUCAUUUAAUGAUUACAAUACUACGGGUAAAGUAAGGCUCAGAGUUACAUGUAAGUGUGCUGAUUCUAUCAAAAGCAGUAAAAACUUACAUUAAAAAUAAUUAUAUGUAUAACUUUAAUAAGUACAGCAUCCUUCAUUGCUGGAUCAGGGGUGACAGUGUAGGCGGUGAACGCCAAAAGAAAAUAUUGAAGACUUUAU